AUGGAAAUGAGAGAACAUAUCCCUGGUUUUGCAUUUGAGUAUAAGGUUGACAACUCUGAAUUGCACUCACUCUUUUGGGCCGAUAAUGUAGCAAGGCGUAACUAUGAAGAAUUCAGCGACAUAAUGUCCUUUGAUGCAACGUAUCGGACAAACAGGUACAACAUGAUGUUUGUCCCUUUCACGGGAAUAGACAACCAUAACAAAUGCAUAAGAGAGGCAACUCCAAGUAUAGAAGAUGAAACUGAGAGAGACUUCAAGAGCAGGUUUGACAGUAUAGUUUGGAAUAUUCACAUGGAACCAAAAACUUUCGAGGAAAAAUGGGAGAAGUUGAUGAUUGAUUUUUCAUUACAAAAUGACAAUUGGUUCAAGUAUAUGAUUCAAAUCAGAUCAAAGUGGAUACCAGCUUACUUCAUUGACACUCCAAUGUGUGGCCUGAUGAGAACAAUAUCAAGGUCAAAACAAGAAAAGUUAGAUGCUGAAACAAUAAAGAAUACUCCAAUAUUUAACACAAAACUCAAAAUAGAAAUGCAUGCUUCAAAACUGUACACAAAAACAAAUUUUGAGAUGAUACAGAAGGAAAUAGAAGCUGGUCUAUAUGAUUGUUUAGUUGCCCAAAUGACUGCCGAAGAAGAGUGUCAAAUUUAUAUCAUUAAUGAGAUGUUAAAGAGGAAAGUGAAAGAGACUGGACAAAAUGUGAUUCAGUAUAAGGUAUUGCAUAACCUUGGGGAUGGUUCUGUUGUGUGUACCUAUAGACACUAUCUCCGUUUAGGUCUCCUUUGCCGACAUUGUUUCAGUGUUUUGAAGAACAAUAAUAUAGAUGAAAUACAAGCACAAUACAUUAUGAGGCGGUGGACAAAAGGCAUCAUACCACCUGAUUUGAGAUCUAGCAGAAACAGAUUUGACAAUGGAAAUGUUGGUACUCAAAAGAUGGUUGCUGAAGCAAGUUCAGUUUUUGAGGACUGCUUGCAUCUUGUUGUGAACGAUGAUGAAAAACUUAAAGAGUUUCUGGAAAGAGUCAAAUCGUUGAAGUCAAAAGUUGAGGCUGAUAUGGCAAACCAACCACCAAAGAAAAAAAAUGAAGUGAUAUCAAGAAUGAUGGGUGUUGAAAAACCAGAUCCAAACGACAUAAAAAAACCCUCCAGUUGGAGUGUAUAA